AAGCCUUGUUUAUGGAUCUGUGGUCACUGACUUGACGUUCAACAGCGCUUUAAAGGCUUUAACCCUACUUAAAAAUAGGUUGAAAUAAACACAAAAUUAUGAUGGCACUUUAGAUAAAUCAACUGAUUGUGUUGUGUGUUCCAAUAUGGCCAGGCAGAGAAAAAGCGUGCCGGAUAGCAGGAACAGCAGCAGUAGCAACGGGAGCUCCGAUUCCAAAGUUUUGGCCCCGCCACGCAAACCGCUCUGGGCCUACUAUAAGGAGCUGCUUAUCGGGCCUGCUGUGGUGAUUAUUGUCGUCUGUACAGUAAUGGGCUAUCAACAGACUCGCGUUAACACCCCUUUCGAUGCCAAGAGGGUGGUUACCAGGACUGGGCUGGAAGUCCCCGAGCAGUUCUGGGGCUCUUACAGGCCGGGGGUGUACUUUGGCUUGAAAACUCGCGAUCCCCAUUCUCUUGUUAUGGGCCUGAUGUGGUAUUUCCCUUACAGGCUAGGCCCUGGUAUAGAGGGGAUCAGACAUUGGUGCGACCAAGCGGAUAAUUUGGAGAGCUACGGCUGGAUCCAGCACGACGGCGCCACCUUUGGGGUGCAAGAAAUCCGGGAUGGGCCCUUUAAACUAACCACAUCCUUCGUGAAACGAGUAGGAGGUGAAAAUGGGGGAGAAUGGACCGCGCGGGUUGCUGUGGAAGUUUUGCCAGAGUUCCAGGACAGGGUGCAACCGAGUGAGCAGAUAUCCCUGAUCUGGUACACAGCAUUAGAUGAGGGCGAGGGAUCUAUUGCGUUAACCAACUCGAAUACUAAGAUGACGGGGAUUAAGGGCAGCACGCCCACUUUGGGCGAUUUUAAACUCACCCUGGUGCCACAACAAGGCAAGGUCGAUCAUGAGUCUUUCGUGAGCACGACGGCCUCCGGCCUGCAUCUACUAAAGGAGACUGUAAUAUCCUCGCUCAGACUGGCUGCGGACAAAACGAAACAAGCGAAAAAAAUUGUUUUGGGCGGCGAAAUUCGCGCAGCAGGAGACGAGAAAAAACCGCCCAACUUUAUGGCCAUCCAAACCACCGCCAAACUUCCAUUUUCCAUCGACAUCGUCUUUGAAUCAGCCAGCGUAGUGAAUAGAAAGGAGCAACUAGUGGGCGCUUCAUUUACUAAAGCUUUGCAGUGGCAAACUACCAGGUUUAACCAACGGUUUGAAACAACGUUUCACCUCAAAGACAAGGGCUUUUCCCAGAAGCAAAUUCAGUUCGCUCAAGCCACUCUCAGCAACAUGCUGGGCGGCAUUGGUUAUUUCUACGGCUCAUCCUCCGUCCAGAGCAUCUACACUGACCUUCCGGUAGACUACUGGAAAGCGCCCCUUUUCACCGCAGUCCCAUCCAGAAGUUUCUUCCCGCGGGGCUUUUUGUGGGACGAGGGCUUUCAUGGCCUCCUAAUCGCCCAAUGGGACGUCGAUCUCGAGCUGGACAUCAUCGCCCAUUGGUUCGACCUGAUGAACGCAGAGGGCUGGAUCCCGAGAGAGCAGAUUUUAGGUGUGGAGGCAUUGGCUAAAGUCCCGAAGGAGUUUGUAGUGCAGCGCAACACCAACGCCAAUCCGCCGACAUUUUUCCUCACUCUUCAGUAUAUUCUGCAGAAGUAUGCGACUGAUUUGACCAACGAGAGGCUGAUGGUGCUUGAGCGCUUGUACCCAAGACUGCAGGCCUGGUACCAAUGGUUUAACAGCACGCAAAAGGGGCCGCUCCCGGGGUCGUUUAGAUGGCGCGGCCGCGACUCCUUGACGGACCGCGAGCUGAACCCCAAAACGCUCACGUCGGGGAUGGAUGACUACCCCAGGGCGUCCCAUCCGACUGAUCUGGAGCGGCACGUGGAUCUCUACUGCUGGAUGGCUGUUGCUUCGGAGACGAUGGCAAAGUUGGCCUAUAUUUUGGGGCGCGAUACGUCCAGGAAGUACCGGGAAACUGCCAAUUAUCUUAUGGAUAACCAGCUGUUGAUCCAGCUGCAUUGGUCGAAUUUCUCCCGACGGUUUGCAGAUUAUGGGCUGCAUACAGAUGGCGUGAAGCUGGUGCGUCCCACACCGUUGCCCAGACAGCCCAACCAGAAUAUGGAAAUGAUUAGGCAGGUGCUAAAGCAGCCGGAGUAUCGCCUGGUGGACUCCGUGUUUGGGUAUGGGAAUAUUUUCCCGUUUUUGCUUCAAAUUCUGCAGCCCACAGCGCCACAGUUAGGGCAAAUCAUCGCGGAUAUUCGCGACCCCAACCUGGUGUGGACCGAGUAUGGGCUGCGGUCAGUGGCCAAAACAGCCCCCCUUUACAUGGCGCGCAACACCGAACACGACCCCCCAUAUUGGAGAGGGCAAAUUUGGAUCAACAUCAACUUUCUAGCCGCCAAGGCGCUUCAUCAUUACGCCCAUAUCGAGGGGCCCCACCAAUCCAAAGCCCGCGAGGUUUAUGGGGAAUUGCGCUCGAAUAUCAUCAAUAAUGUUAUUGGACAGUACCACAAAUCGGGCUACUGUUGGGAGCAGUACAGUGAUAAAAAUGGACAGGGAAGUGGAUGCCGCCCUUUCACUGGCUGGACUGCGCUUACUGUGAUUCUUAUGAGUGAGGGCUACUAGUGUAAUUACUUGCAGCUUGUAUAGUGCGCUUUUACAUUCUUUAUAGUCACAGUUGCGCGGUCUGUGCGUUCGCAAUAAUUUUGUAUAAAUAUUUAGGUGUCGCUAGCGUAGGUUUUUAACAAUUACUCUCUUCGCAGUCAAUAUUGAAUCAAUAUUUAUGUUCUUCAGGCUGCUAUUUGAUAAAUGCUUGUUAAAUUACAAAUUUCGGGCAACAAAUUGUGAGGGUGAAUAAUGGUGAAAAAUAAACUGAUGCGAAAAAUG